GAACUCCGUGGCUACAAAUCUACGCCCAUCCUUCUCUUAACAUCUUCUAACCUACUAACUACGUGCUCGCUAUUCCACCCAACAAAAACCAGCUUCAACUUGACAAUUUCAAUUUUCCUUUUCCUCGCUGUUGCCUUCUCAUCGCUGCCGCGUUUCUGCCCGGCGGUCUUUUUUUUGUGUCCUAUAAUAUGUCCUUUGGGCCACGGGUCCUUAUGCCGGGCGCAUUCCACUUCGAGGCUCUCAACGACGGCAGUUCGCUAUCUGGAGUUCAUCCGGGAAUAUUUCGACCUCCCGCGUCGCCCUCCACUUCGAGCUCCACAUACCUGGGAAAAUCUACUGGUAGCUUACAUUCGGAUGCAUCGGCGCUGGGUUUUAACGCGAAGAGGAAACGGCGAGGACCUCUCGAGUCUAGGACAUUCAGCAGCUGGGAUAUAAAUAGAGGCGACGCCGAGUACGCUGCCGAUAACAAACACCAGGAGGAUGCUGAGCUCAACGGGUUAAGUGAGGAGAAAGGAAGGGCGUAUGUUCUAGCCGGCCAAAUCGAGACGCCCAACGGGGACGCUGUUGAGGAUGGAAUGAAUGACAGCGUCUAUUCCGACGUCGAUUACAGGCGCGCCUUAGGCCCUAAAUGCACGCCCGCGAAGGCCGAAUUAUCUGCUAUUAAUGUUACAUCGACUGCGUCUUCAUCUUCAUCGCCCACUCAGACACGACAGACCAACGGCUGGGGAUCGUUUGCAUUGAGUACCAUAGGUGGAGUGGUUGGAAAAGUAUUUCAAUUUUGUAAAACGGGGGUAUUCCGUGGCUUCUAUGCAGGUGGAGGAAGGGGAUACGGAGUGAGGACGUCGCCUAAGCAACAACCGAGCACAAACGGCCAGGUUUGGUGCAACGAACACGAUAUUCCCACGCUGCCGAAUUUCAGCUCCAACACAACACCGAUCGAAAUUCCCCAGUCCAACAAUUUCCCACCAAAUUCCGGUCAGGGAUCGCCCGAAUCAUCACCCCCUCCGGCGGCGAAACGGCGGCAGAUCGACGUUGCAACUCCUGGAGAUGAACUACGUCGGAAUUGGGUCAUGGUUCAGGAGUCUUCCGAGAAAAUACGACCGCAGAGCAGGGCUUCUCAAGCUUCAACGCUUCGUACAACCCAGCAGCAACCAUUUUCGCCUGCCGUUCGACGCGUCAGCCGACCUGUAAGCCGUGUGAAGCCACCCAGUUACACACGUCGUCCGUCUAGCAGGAUAAGCCCUGCCGGAACCACAUCCUUAUAUAACCUGGAGCCAGCAAGUUUCGCCUCCCCCCGAGCUCAGUCGCCAGUUGUGUCAUUACAUACUCCUAGUAGAAUCCCUGUCCCGAGCCGGCCGCAAUCACCUAGUGUUUUCUCAUCCCCUCGUCUUCCAGAAACACCGUCCCUCAUCCCCAGUCCUAGUAUUCACCCAAUGCGCAACCACAGGAGAAACCAUAGCGUGGCAUCAGCAGCGUCUGGUGGGUCUACUAGGAUGAAAAGAGGUGACUCGAUAAGGGAAUCUAGAGACUAUAGCCCUCGAUUGGAUGCAGAGGCGAAGACUUUGGCUGCGAAGAGACUCCAAGAGGACAUAGAAACUGAUAUGCGAAUGAACGACUUCAACGCUAAAUUAAGGGAUAUGAUUCGUCAGGGGAAAGAAGCUCUCGGUACGAAAGUAGAUAUCGAGAUACACGACGAUAUGGAGGGCGUGGAUACUUGGGAAGACGACAUAAUGACAGCAUAAAACGAGACCAUCCCCAAACGUAUUUUUUUACGGUUUAAUAAUGACUAGGUAUGGAUAAGGGUUAAAAAUCACGGCGUGGCUCGGGUCUAACGUAAAGGCGUUCGAGGGUAUAUUCUUUCUGUUUAGGGUGCAACGAUUCAACGUCAACUUGAUACCAGCUGGUUCUACGUUUGUUUGUUUUUUUCGUUUCUGCUAGGGUCGCAGCACCUAUCUAGGUAUACUCAUAGAUUCCAGUGUCAGGAUGACCGUCUGGACAAAU